AUGCAAAAUAUAAAAAAAAGAAAUUUUUUUGCAUGUAACAGUAAUACAGAUAUAGAUAAUGAAAAUAAUAAAAUAAAUAAUAUUAUUUAUAAUAAAGAUAAUAAAAAUAGAAAUAAUGAUAAAUUAUUUUUUUCAAUUUGGAGGAACAAAUGUCUUUUAAAUGAAAUACAAAGGCAUCAAAGGUUAUAUAAUGAAAAUAGAGUAAUGGAGAUUGACGAGUCAAUGGAUCAGCUUUUAUAUCAUUCACAUAGAGGAUAUGCAACCAAAAUUAGAAUUCAUAUUGAUGAACCAUUAGAACCAUAUGGCGAAGCUAUACCUUAUGGAACCACAGAAUUAGAAUUUACAGGUGAUUUCAAUCAACCAAUUCGAGUAGGUGAUAUUCCUCCCACAGUGACAAGUAUAGAAUUUUGUGAUUGGUACACUCAUCAAAUCGAUAUCAAAUCAAUAUCUAUCAAAACAUUACCAUCUAUUGAAACUUUAGAAUUACCUUUAUUUAAUCAAGUUUUAAAACCAAAUGAACUUCCACCAUCAGUAACUAAACUCACUUUAAGAAACUAUAAACAUAAAUUAGAACCACAUGUAAUACCACCAAAUGUAAAGAAAAUAGAUAUAGGAUCAUAUAACUGUAUACUUCAUUUCAAAGAACCUCUUCCAGUCGGUUUAAUUCCCAACUCUGUAGAAGAUUUAUCAUUACCUCAUUUCUUUAAUCAUCCUCUUCCAGUUGGUUUUUUACCAGAGUCCCUCACUAAAUUAGAUUUAGGUUUUAAGCUUUCUUCUUUUAACAAACCUUUGAAAACUGGUGAUUUGCCAAUAACUUGCAAAAACCUUUUUCUUCAUCAAUAUAAUCAACCACUUCAACCAAAUGUUCUUCCACCUCAUUUAGAAAUCUUUAUGACUUUAUUAUUUAAUUGCCCUAUACAACAAGGUUCACUUCCAGAAUCAAUCACUAAACUGCAAAUGUUUUCAUUUGAUCAGCCAUUUUUAAAC